UUUUACCGUUUCUUCCUCCUCAAGACGACGGCGACCGAUUCGGUCUUCUAGAAAAAUCUACCCUAUAUAUACGCGCAAAGUCGCCGCCGGCAGCACAAUGCCGCCGACGCCUGUCAAAUUGCAGUCGUGUCUGCCGUGGUGCCUGAAGGCGAAGGGAGGCGGCGGUCGGAAGGAAGCGCCGGCGAAGAAGAAGGAGGAGGAGGCUCCGAAGCAGAGCGCGUUUCAGUUCCGGAGGGUUUCGGUGUCCGAUCUGAGCUCCUCCACGCUCUCCGAGGACAUCUCUAGCUCCCUGAUCGGUUCGAAUCUCUGCAUUUUCACGGUUCAGGAGCUCCGAGUCAUCACUCACGGUUUCUCGCCAAGUAAUUUCCUCGGCAAGGGAGGAUUCGGCCAGGUCCACAAGGGCUUCGUCGAUGAUAAGAUCCGACCCGGAUUGAAGGCCCAGCCCGUCGCCGUCAAGCGCCUGGAUGUGGAUAACGGAACUCAAGGCCAGAGAGAAUGGCUGACAGAAGUGAUAUGUCUUGGGCAAAUGAGGCAUCCCCAUGUCGUGAAGCUGAUAGGGUAUUGCUGCGAAGACGAUCACAGGCUAUUGGUAUAUGAAUACAUGCCGAGAGGCAGCCUCGAGAAUCAUCUCUUUGGGAGAUAUUCUGCGUCCCUUCCAUGGUCUGCCCGGAUGAAGAUAGCCGUGGGGGCUGCAAAGGGGCUAGCCUUCCUUCAUGGAGCAUCAAAACCUGUCAUCUAUCGCGAUUUCAAAGCUUCAAACAUCUUGCUUGACUCAGAAUACAAUGCCAAGCUAUCGGAUUUCGGGUUAGCAAAGGACGGGCCUGAAGGCGACGACACGCACGUCACAACCCGAAUCAUGGGCACGCACGGGUACGCAGCGCCAGAAUACGUAAUGACUGGGCACCUGACGGCCGCGAGUGACGUGUACAGUUUCGGAGUCGUGCUGUGUGAGCUUCUCACGGGUCGGAAAUCGAUCGACAAGAGCAGACCGUCGAGAGAACAGAACUUGGUGGACUGGGCGAGGCUUCAGCUAAAGGAUCUGCGGAAGCUUCGCCGGAUAAUGGACCCCCGGCUUGAAGGCAUGUACUCCGAAGACGGGGCCCAAAAGGCCGCCGACCUGGCGUACCAAUGCCUUAGCCAGAGGUCGAGCCGAAGGCCGGCUAUGAGUGAAGUGGUCAGGGUUUUGGAGCCUUUGAAGGACUAUAAGGACGUUUCGAAUGCCACAUUUGUGUACAUAGCUCCUUCAGCUGGGAAAGGACUUGGUGUACAUAAGCAUAUAUAGUACAAAUAGUGCCUUAGUCUAGAACAACUGUCCAUUUAUUAGAAGCUUCUAUAAUGUAGAGAGAGUGUAAUUAAUUAAAUUGUGUAAUUAGGG